AUGUUCCGUCGUCUAGUAACAGUUGUUCCUCGCUCCGGCGUCCUUUCGCCUCGCAGCGUCACCCCGGCCGUCUCCGGAAUCCAGCAAGCCAAAAUACUGACCAUCCCUGCACUGUUGGACCACUACUCCAACCCAAGAAACGUCGGCUCCAUGGCCAAGUCUAUGGACGUUGGUACCGGUCUUGUCGGCGCCCCAGCCUGUGGCGAUGUUAUGAAGCUUCAGAUCCGCGUCGACAAGGACAGCAACAAGAUCAGCGACGUCAAGUUCAAGACUUUCGGUUGCGGUAGCGCUAUUGCCAGCUCGAGUUAUCUGACUGAGUUGGUCCGCGGAAUGACCCUCGAUGAGGCCGCUAAGAUCCGUAACACCGAUAUCGCCAAGGAGUUGUGCUUGCCCCCUGUUAAGCUGCACUGCUCCAUGCUUGCCGAAGACGCCAUCAAGUCCGCCAUCUCGGAUUACUACACCAAGAACCCUCGCACCGUGAAGACCGAUCUGUCCGGCACGGGCGCCUCUAUUCCCGAGGUGCAGGUGGAGGUUGAGAAGACCAGCAGCGCUACUGCUUAAGUCUUUUUGAGUGUUUUACGAAAGAGUGAAAAUUUUGAAAAAUCAUAAAAAUAUGGAGCAAAAAUGGAUACGGAUACGGAUACAGAUACCAUGAUUGAUUCCCUGGAGAGAAGAGCGAAGCAGAAUGAUACAAUGGAGAUGUGACUGUGUAUGGAUUUGGCCUGUGGUGGAGUGGCGUGGAAUGGUCUGGGCCGAAUAUGUGAUUCCCACAAAAUAACCUGUUGCUUGUCAGUCAGUCAGGAUUGGAUGGACUUUUCUUCCUUUUGUUUCGUUUAUUAAACGGUGUAUAGCAUUUCAUUAUUCUUUCUAUCCUUUUCAUGACUCGUUUUACUCAUUUUUUUUCCGGCGAAGCAACUAAAGAAGGGAUUGAUAAUUCGGAUAUAUACAACAUCAUCAUCAUCAUCAUCAUCAAUCACAGUAGUACAUACACUACACAAU